AGGCUUGAAAAAAUAUAUAUAAUUAGACAUGGGGAAGCCUCCAAGUAUAAUUUAAUAUUGAUAAGGAACACUGCUGUAGAGACGUCACACAGUCCCCAUAUGGUAAAUAGAGUUGGUGAGAGUUGGGUAAUUAGAUUUAGCAAACACGAACAUUCUCUGGUCCUGCCCAUCUCCUCUUAUAUAUAGUGCAGAACUCCUGGGAGUGCUCUGUACUAUACCACACACACACGCUUGGAGAGACAGUGCCUGCAGAGCCGUCUUGUACACUGAAGUACAAUACAUCCCUGAUAACGGGGGGCUGUGGUAAAGGCGUUGUCAGUGCUUGUCAGUUCCAGCACUAAAGGUAUCCCCCUUCCACCUUGUCUCAGAGACAGUGCAAACCCAUCUAGUACUGCAGCUGUGAGGUUCUUUUCAGAAGACAGAGGGAAGCAUGAAAGUCAUUGUAGCUUUCGCUGUCAUAAUGCUGGUGUCCGCGCAGGUCUUUGCGGCAGAAGUGGGACUUAACGAUGACAUUGACUGGCCUUAUAGUGACCAAAUCCAGGAGGAACUACCAGUAUUUGAAAAUUUUCUUCAGAGAAUUGCAAGAAAACCCCGGCCUGAUCAAUUUUACGGUCUAAUGGGAAAGCGUAACAAUGGAUAUGGUCAGCUUUCCCGCAAAAGAUUUGGGCAGAUUUCUCGCAAACGGUAUAAAUCAGAUUCCUUUUAUGGACUUAUGGGCAAAAGAUCUUUAUUUCCUGGAUCUUCAGAAAGGAACACGAUAAAUAAUUACGAAAGAAGACGCAAAUGAGAACCCCCAACUGUUACCUUGGUCAAACUUCAUUCACUGAAACAGAAGAUGAAGUAUAAUAUAUAAAUAUCCAGCGUACAAUGAAUACUUAUUUGUUUUAAAAUUGAUUGUUUUAGCUUGUAUUUUUCCAAAAAGUUAUUAUUUUUAAUAGUGUGGCAAUGAUACUUGUAAUAUAAGUGUGCUGUGGUUCCCCGAUUAUGACUCUCUUCAAAAUAAUGCAGGAGGCGCAAUGAUAGAGAGGGCAUCAGUUGAAAAUGAUCUCUCCCCCUAUUUUUAGGGGUAACUGUCCGCUCUGUGAGUCUGCAGAAAGUUGUAGUCACAGGACCUCUACCCCGUUCACUAGGAGACCCACCGUUCUCGUCAGUGUCAGAAAUACAGUUCAAUGAGUUAAUAUUUCAAUGUUUCAAAAUAAAUACAGACUAUCUUGUACCUUUGUUAUCAGGAAUGAACCAGUAUCAUUGCAGCAUGUUUAUUUUAUUUUAUGAAUGUGAAUCCAAAGUCUCCAUUUCAUAGUUACGAUUUUUUUCUGAUAGCGGCACUUUAAAUAAAAAUAGUAGACUAAAGCUGAGGCUAAAUAAGAAUCCUGUUUUUUUUUCCUGAUUGGCUGAGUGUGACAGCCUUUGUUACCGGGCAGAUUAGUUGUUCUGGUUUGCGGUGUCAAUCAUUAAUUUGAGCCAAUUAGGGUCUCAAGGGGUGUGAUUUGUUUAUCCAGGGUAUUUAAAUGGGGGCUGUUGUUGCGGACAACUUCUUUGGUGAUUUGAAGUCCCGUCCAUGACCUUGUUUGUCUCUGCUUUGUUUUUGUUUCCUUACUUUUUUUUUCCAAUUUUAGUAGAGGCGCAGCAUGGCAGGAGAGCGCUGCAUUUCAGUGGCUUUCUGUGGCGCAAGAGACCGUUGCGGGGCACAUACCCUCUAUUUUGUUUGGAGAGUUUGUGCUGCUUGGUACGGGGGACCCGGGAGCUUCUAGUGCGGGAGUGCUCGGACUGUGCCUGCGAGUCUCUACGCUAUAAGUACAUCAGUAGGGGGGACGUUGUAGUCGUCCCCUAUGGUUUUUACAUCUGGUAAGGCUAAAACUGAGAUUGCAGCGCCUCCUGGCCACCUUUCCUCUCAGGUUAAUUUAUAAUUGAAUAAAAAGCUGUGACCUUUUAGCCAA